CUCACCUGGGGGACCAUCUCAGCAGUUACAGUUUUAGGAGAUCAAACCCAGAAGGUUGUGAAGCUGCGGAGGCAGCAGCAGGAGGAGGAGUCAUGCCGAAGAAAAAAGGGAAAAGAGAGCCGCUGACGGAGGAGGAGAAACUCCUGCAGAUGCAGCAGAGAGCUCAGGCGGAGGAGGAGAUGGCCAAGAAGAAGGAGGAGAUGCUCUUGCUGUACCUGAAGGAGAAGCUCCAGAAGGAGCAGAAGAACACGGCCGUGAACCUGCUGAAGCUGACAGAGAGCUGGAGGAAGGUGCUGCGGCAGACUCGGGACAAAGAGCUGCUCGCCGAAGCCAUGGUGCACCAGCAGACGUCUGACAGGAGGCUGGAGGAGCUGAACUUCAUCAUCCAGAAAAUGAUGCGGGAGCUGCAGCAGGGGCAGUGUCAGGCGGACCGGGUGCAGAGCAGCCACCUGCAGCACGUGGAGCACCUGUGGGAGCUGCAGGAGAAACACCUGAAAGGUCUGCAUCAGCGGUGGGAGAGCAGCCUGCGGGACCUCAACGUCAUGUGCAUCAACCAGGAGGUGAAGGCGCUGGACGACUUCCGGCAGCAGAACCUGGGCCUGGUGGACCUGUACCUGCCUGCUCAGAUGCAUGACAAGGCCAUGUUUGAGUACCUCCAGAAGGUCCAACAAGAAGUCGUGGAUGUGUACAAGAACGCACACCAGGACCUGGACGCUCUGAGGACCGAAGUGAAGAACCUGGAGGACGGAUCUGCUCUGAACCGUGAUCUUCUGCAGAAGACCAGAAACAGCCUGAUUGAGCUGGACCAGCGGAACGCCAGAGAGCAGCAGGAGAUCAGCAUGGAGCUGAGGAACGUCAAGAGGCUGAAGAACAAAGCCAUCAAGCUGAGACAGCAGAUCUUUACCUGUCAGGCUGAGAGGGAUCUGAUGCAGCAGAACUGGAACUUCACCACAGACAAGAUCAACCAGAAGUGUCGGCAUCUGCAGGAGCAGCUGGCACGAGACCGCCAGGAAGCCAGGCAUAAGCUCACCAUCCUCAGCAUCCAGGGCGCGGCCGCCACCAAAAACCUACAGGCUAUCAUCACCAAGGGCGAGAAGGUCCUGCGACUCUCAGAGCUUUGCCGCAAGAUAAAGAAACAGCAAGAGAUCAUGCCAGGAACAUCAGAGGACAAACAGAAGACCUGCACAGCGGAGCAGGAGGUCCUGGAGCUGCAGGACCCGCAGGAGCUAAAGGAGCAGCAGCAGUUGCAGGAGCUGCAAGAUCUGCAGCAGCUAAAGGAGCAGCAGCAGCUGAAGGAGCUGCAAAAUCUGCAGCAGCUAAAGGAGCUGCAGCAGUUGCAGGAGCAGCAGCAGCUGAAGGAGCUGCAAGACCUGCAGCAGCGCCUCAACUCUGCCCUGCUGCACCGGGAGGCUGUGAGGAAGCAGAACCAGAUUCUGAAGCAGGAUAACCAGCAGCUGCAGGUCCUGCUGAAACACCGUGAUGACAUGCUUGACGGACGCCACACCCCCCUGCCAGCUCUGCAGCCGCCGGUCGAGUCCCACCGCGCCGCCGGGGACAUGCACCACAACAUCCUGGAGGCUGCGCACGUCGCUAAGUACCUGGUGGACAGCUGGAGCUGAAGGCCAGGUCCAAACGGUCCCUGCAGAACUCUGCAGUACAGCAAAGACCUCAACAACAAGCUCCGGCCUGGUGACGGGUCAGAACCAGAGCAGUUCAGUUACGGUCUGAGGCAGGAUGGGUUAAAAAUAAAAUGUUGAAUGAAA